UUUUUUUUUUUCCCUAUUUAUUUAUUUAUUUUAUUUAUAAUCCCCUUUCCCUUAAAAAGUAAACAUUGAAAGUGUCCUUUUCCCCCAUUAUUCUUAUAAAUAAAAACAAGCAAGACAACCCACUCAGAAAAAGGGACUAUGGAUAAUUUAGAUGCUGCGUUUGAGAAGUUUUUGAAAGAUCAAGCAUCGCAACAACAGCAACAACAGCAACAACAACAGCAACAACAACAGCAGCAGCAGUAUCAACAGCCAUUUCAUCAUCAUCAUCACCACCUACAGCAACAACAUCCAUCCACCGCAACGUCCUCAGAUUUUGAUUUGCACCGUAGUCAACCUGCCAAUCAUCCGAACGGUGCUAACUUGAACCUAUUUAGUUUAGAUGCCAACUAUCCUUUUCCUGAGAACUUGGCGUACGACCACACAACCAAUGAUCUCUCAGGAGCUACUGGUUUUGAUCUGUCAUUAUUAACGGCUACGGAUACGCAUGCCGUGGCCGAUACAUCCACGCCGGCGCAUGGGAUGCAUACGAUUCCUUCUACACCUACUACUACUUCUAACUCUACUAAUACGAAUAGAAAUAUACCUUUUAAUACAAUCACUACUGAUACAUUCCAUCCACCACAUGACCCUACGACUGUCAUUUUAGCUCAACAGCAACAACAACAACAGCAGCAGCAGCAGCAGCAGACAUCGUCCUUUAUAAAUAAUCCUGCCAUGAUGGAUAAUGGCUCGCAAGGAUUGGAUAUCCUUUCGUCCACAUUCCAAGACACACAGAUACCAUUUGCAAUAGACCAAAACGUUUCUCUUUUGCCUCUUCAUCAUCCGCCUCCGCUAGCACCACCACAGCAACAACAUCAACAUCAACAACCGUUGCCACCCCCACCGGCAUCCACUCCUGCACCAAGGCAGGAACAAGAUUUAUUCAAUGAACUAUUAUCCAUGGCUGCUAGUAGACAAAGAAGUGCAAGUAUAGAUACAUGGCAAAUGCAAGGUAAGAAUCGAAAAAAGAAAAGAAAAAAAAAAAAAAAAAAAAAAAAAACUCUCUUGGUAUUGAUUUUAUUUACCUUGAAUUGAAAAAAACAAACAAAAAGUACAAUACCCGCCAUCCGCAUCCAUACAUCCACCUCAGUUACAUUCUCAUGGACAACAGCUUCAUCGCCCUAGUUUUAUGCAACCCAUCAUGCAUCCAUCGCCA